UUUUUUUUCUCUUGUGUACGUAGAAACUCGCGUCCAAAUUUUAAUUUGCGAUUAUUUUAUAGAAAUAUUAAUUUUUAAAUAAAAUUUUUUAGAAGUAUUAAAUAAGAAAUUAUAAUUUACCGAAACUGUUAAUAAAUUAUUAUAUAAGCAUAUACAACGAUCAAGAAAAUAAUGUGAUUUCCAGUGCAACAGCUGUGCCUUAAAUAUUUUUUUGUUUUUAAAUUUAUUAAAAGUUCUUAAUAAUAAGCAAAUUUUUUAUGAAUAAUUUAAGAUAACAUAAUGUUAAGAUUUUUAAGUAGACGAAAAGUUACAAAUAACGUUAACGAUGGCAGCAGCCAAAUUAAAUCGCAAAGAAUUGUUGCAAAUAAGAAUAAAAUUGAUUGUCGUGUUAUAUUAUUGGACAAUACAGAUCUUUCUGUUGAGUUAUCUAAAAAGGCUAUGGGAAGUUACCUGUACGAACAAGUUUUCUAUGCCUUGGAUUUAACAGAAAAAGAUUAUUUUGGUUUGCAAUUUACCGAUGCAAAUCAUGUCAAACAUUGGCUGGAUCCAACAAAAGCUAUUAAAAAGCAAGUUAAAAUUGGACCUCCGUAUACAUUCCGUUUACGAGUUAAAUUUUACUCUUCCGAGCCGAACACAUUACGAGAAGAAUUGACGCGCUAUUUGUUUUUUUUACAACUAAAACAAGAUUUAUUAGAUGGUCGUUUGGACUGCCCUGAAGAAAAGGCUGUAGAACUAUGUGGCCUAGCAUUACAGUCUGAGCUAGGCGAUUAUGAUCCGAAUGUUCAUACCGCUGCUACUGUUUCUGAAUUUCGCUUUGUUCCAAAUCAAACUGAGGAAUUUGAAAUAGCUGUAUUGGAAGAAUAUAAAAAUUGUUCUGGCACUCCAGCGCAAGCUGAAGCUGCUUACUUGAACAAAGCGAAAUGGCUAGAUAGUUAUGGGGUUGACAUGCAUACUGUUAUGGGUAAAGAUGGAAAUGAAUAUCAUUUAGGUUUAACACCAACAGGAAUUUUGGUAUUUGAAGGGCAACAAAAAAUUGGACUAUUUUUUUGGCCAAAAAUUAGCAAAUUAAAUUUUAAAAAGAAAAAAUUAACCUUGGUUGUUGUAGAGGAUGAUGAUGAAGGUCGCGAACAAGAACAUACUUUUGUUUUUCGAUUGUAUAAUGAAAAAGCCUGCAAGCAUUUGUGGAAGUGCGCAGUUGAGCAUCAUACUUUUUUCCGUUUAAGAGCACCUGUUAAAGGGCCUUCUGCUCGGCAAAAUUUUUUCCGAAUGGGAUCUCGUUUUCGUUAUUCCGGUCGCACGGAGUUUCAAACAACUGCAACCAGUCGUGCACGGCGUACUGUUCAAUUUGAAAGACGACCUUCGCAACGUUUUGCUAGUAGGCAAUCCCAUUUGCUACGUGAAAGGCAAAAGCAACAACAGAAUCAAGAUUCUAAAAAUAACUCAAUUACAGCUGAUGCAUUAAUAACAGUGCAACAACCAACUACAGAAAAAGAUAAAACAAACUCAUCGCAAAUUAUCUCGCAAUUAGAGAACAAUUCCAUUUGUUCAAUAACACCAUCACCUUCAAUACAGACUGUAAUUCACAAUAAUGUGAAUGGAAACGAUGCUUCCGAAGUUAUAUACAAUACAUUAAAUAGUAGAGUAAGUGGUUUAACCCCGUCAAUUUCAUCUGGAAAAUCAAUAUCAAGUAAUGAUGAUUUUAUUGGUAUAAAUAAAGUAGAUUCAUCUGAAAAAUCUGGGCUAUUCGUCAAACUUGAGCCUGAUUAUAAUUGUGCUAAGAAUAACGAAGAAACAAAUCCAUUUUUAAAAAUACAAUCAUAUCGCAGUUCUAUUGGAAAAUCAUCUAUUAGUUCAGGCUUUAGCAUAAAAAGUAGUUUAUCGGAUAAAGACAGUCAAUUAGAUUCAUUGCUCAAGUCAAUUGUUAAAGAACCAUCUUCAUCUGUAUUAGCAAAUGAAGCUAUAAAUGAUGCUAACAGUAUCAGAGUAACUGUGAACAAAACAUCUGAUAUGGAACACAAUAAUGAAACAUUAAAGCGCUUAUCAACUUCUGAAAAACCAAAUAAUCUGAAGUUGUCAAAUAUUGGUGGGGCCCAAUUGCCACCAGGGCAAAUAAAGUGUAAUAUAUUGAAAGCUCGUGUGGAAGAAGAAUUAGAAACUGCUGCCAAUGCGAAGUUGACCAAUAUAUUUCCAUCAGUUGGCAUUAUUAAUAACUGCGAUGGUCCAGAUUCUCUUAAUGCUACCUAUAUAUCAGUUGGCGGUGACAAGCUAACUUUGAAUAUAUCUGAACAGAAACCAUUUUUGAACUCGCCAAUGUCAUUGCCUACAGAAUCAUCGAUUCUUUCUUCAAUAACAACAAUAAAUUGUAAUGACAAUAACAAAAAUACAGCAAACAAUGUUACAACUUCUUCUAUUACAAUGAAUAAUAGUGACCAUAUUAUAAAUAACGUUAAUAACGUCAGUACGAAUAUUAUAAAUCAUAACGAUUACAUAAAUAAUAAUAGCUCCAUAACAUUAACAACACCGACAUCUACGAAAACUCUAACAGUUGGAACUGUUACUACAACAUCCAAUAAUUUAAAUCCUGUAUCAAAACAACCCACAAUUUCAAAUUCACAUGUAGUUAGUUCAUUAGAUACAAUAGAUACAUUAUCAUCAUCAUAUUUAGAUGCCAUUACAAAAGUAUCGACAAAAUCAACUACAAUCCUAAACACGACAGCUACAGAUACUAUCAGUAAAAAUAAUAAUGAUGAAAAACAUAACGAUAUUCUCCAAGUGAAUGCAAAGAAAGAUAUUAAGAAUUUUAGCAACAAUAACGAUGUUGUUUGUGAGAAAAAGAAUAAUAAAAAUCAUAUUAAUCCUUCAAGUGAAAUGUUAUCACCAUGGUUGGUAUCAUCAGAAGUAGUUGCAGCUCCUAAAAACAAAGAACCAACAAUACUACGUAAAUCUGUUAUAACGACUCAACUUUAAACAAUUAUCUAAUUUUUUUUUAAUUAAUUUCUAACUUAAUUUAAUAUAUGUAUGUAUCUAUAUUUUGAUAUACAUAACAUAUAUAAAUAAUUUAUAAAAAUGCGAAUAUAACAUGUACAUUUCCAUUUGCAAUACGUUUAAUAAAAAGCUAUAAGCAGUAUUUUAUGUACUUAAGAUAUAAUAUCCAUAAUAUUAUAUUUAAUAAUAUUUUAUUUCUAUAUAAAUUUAAUUAAUUAUUGUAUUAAACAAGUCUCUAUAGUUGAAUGAAGAUAAUGAGAAAUUUUUAUUUAAUUUUGGUAGUUUUGUAAAGAAAUAAUUAAACUGAAGUAAUCAAA